AAGUGUUGUUUUUACUACGAAUUUUUCAUUCAAAAAUGCCCAAUAAGUGUUGCAUUUGUUUGAAGAUUUAUAACAAAAAAAAUAAACGCAGGUUUUAUACAUUUCCUGAAUUUACUGUUUGUAAUCAAAAGUCAGCAAGUCGUGACAAAGUUCUGAUUGAGAAAAGAAGAAAUGUUUGGUUGCAACUGACAAAAAGAAACUUAAAUAGAUUUAGUGGGAGGCUUUUUGUCUGUUCUGACCAUUUUGUUUCAGGGAAACCAGCAUAUUUAUAUCUAACUGAAGAUGUGGAUUGGGUUCCAACUCUUAAUUUGGGAAACUUAGGACAAGAUAAGCAGUCUUUGACAACAUAUUCAGGUGGUUCUUCCACUGAUAACAAUGGAUCAUUGAAAACUGAAUGUGUGACGCAACAGGGUCUAAUAAACUCCAGCACAAGCAAUGACUAUUCCAAUUUUUCUGGCAUGAAUCAGAAAGAUUUGUCAUUGUCAAACCAGAGUGAAUCACCAUCUGUCAUUGAAAAUGGAGAUAGACCAAAAAUUCGAAAAAAACCUAUGGUGACUAUUUUUAAUCGCCAAAUAUUAUUUGAUGAUUGCCCUACGGAAAAUUCAAGCUCUGGUGUUCAGUGUGUACUAGACCAGAGUAUUACAGUAAAAGAAGAAAGAAUAGAGGUUGAAGACGUCUUUGAAGCGCAAGAGUUAUUUGAUGAGAGCACGGAACGUCCUUUCACAUCAAUCUCAACAGCUGAAUGCGCUACUCAGGUUGAACUGGAUAAGCCAUACUGCCCGCUUCAGUUUGAUAAGUCUACUCAAACAGAGAUGUCUUCUUUUCCAAAACCUGGAAAAUUAAAGAAAUGGAAAUAAUUUUUGUUUCUUUUACGAACGACUGUGAUACCGUUCGCGAUGGCUGUGCUUCGUGAUAAAAAUGUUGAAAAAAAAAUCUCUACCAGAAUUUUAAA